UUCUAAGAUGGCCGACUAAUGUUGUCGUCGUCGUCGAUGCAGUAAAAAUUCUGACGGUUAGGUGUACAGUGAUUUUAAUUUAAUAAAAAAAAUAAUAAUAAAAGAUAGAUUCUUUUAAUAAUUACAAUAAAAAAUUAAUCAAAUUGUCAAGUGUAAAGUGUUGAAAAUUAACGUAAAUAUAAAAUAAACAAACGUCAGUUGGAAUGUAUGAAACAAGUCAUUGCAAAUGUCAUGCAUUUUGCAACAGGGAAUGACUCGCCAUGUCCCAAAAAUAAAUGGUCCAGAACAAUCACACAUAUUUAGAAAAAAAAAAUUUAUUAUAUUCUACAGAAAUUGAAAAUAUUUCUUCAAGGUGAAAUCACAAAGUGAUUUCGAAAAUUUUCUAGACAAUUUCUAAAAUAAAUUUUUUGAAGGUGCUAAGGAUAAAGCAGAAUGUCUUUGAAACCAAAAAGAGUUGAUUUUAUAGAAACUUGGGACCUUUUGCAAAAAACCGUGAAGGAAGUUAUAACACUCGACCACGUGCCACGAGCCAUAUGGAACGAUAGAUUUAGUGACGUUUAUUCGCUAUGUGUCGCUUAUCCGGAACCGCACGCGGAUCGUCUUUACAACGAGACGAAGCAAUUUUUAGACGAGCACGUUUCACAAUUAUUAACGAAAGUAUUGAGCCAAACGGACAUUGGCCUCUUGCAAGCUUAUCAUCAUGCAUGGAUGGAAUAUUCUCAAGGAAUUAAUUACCUUCAUCAAUUGUACUUAUAUCUAAAUCAGCAACACAUCAAAAAACAAAGACUGACCGAGCCGGAAAUUAUUUACGGUACGUCGUCGGGAACUGCCACUGAAUAUCAAGAGCAAAUGGAAAUUGGCGAAUUGGGCCUUGAUAUUUGGGAGAAACGAAUGAUUACCCCAUUGAAAAAUCAACUUGUUGCCCUUCUUCUUGAGGGUAUUCAUGCCGAUCGUCUUGGCGAGGGACAACCAACGACAAACGAUGUCAUUUGUGAAGUUAUCCAAAGUUUUGUCACUGUUAAGAAAUAUAAACGAAAGGGAGAAUUAGACAUGUAUAUAGAAAUUUUCGAGACUCCGUUUUUAGAAGCAAGUGGUGAAUUUUAUUCGAGAGAAGCGUCAGAACUUUUGCAACAGUCGGACGUUACUCGUUAUAUGGAAAGAGUUACCUGGCGAUUCAAUCAGGAAGAAUUAAGAGUUCAUAAAUUUCUUCAUAGCAGUUCAGUGCCAAAGGUUCGGCGAUGUUGUGAGGAGAAAAUGGUCGCCGCUCAUUUGACUUGGUUACAUGCGGAAGUCGAUGCGAUGAUUCAAAACGAAAGGAGAAGAAAUUUGGCCCUUCUUUAUCCUUUACUUAGGCCACUGCCCAAUGGUCUUGGGGCAUUAGUUCAAAAACUCACCGAACACAUUAUAAAUGAAGGCUUAAAGGCCAUUGGAUCCUUGCAAGGAGAAAAUGUUCAUACACAAUUUGUGGAAAGUAUGCUUGUUGUACAUUCGAAAUUUUCAACUAUGAUUAAAGAGGUGUUUAAAGGCGAUCAAGUCUUUGGUGGCGCUUUAGAUAAAGCAUGCUCUGCCCUUGUUAAUCAUAGGCCAGGACCGAGACAACCUUCUCGAGCUCCUGAGUUGUUGGCAAAAUAUUGUGACUCGUUAUUAAAAAAAUCAGCGAAAGGAGCGACAGAAAGUGAAAUUGAGGAGAAACUCGCGAGUUCGAUAACUGUUUUUAAAUAUGUCGACGACAAAGAUAUAUUUCAAAAAUUUUAUGCCCGAAUGUUGGCAAAACGUUUAAUUCAUCAAUUAUCACAGUCAAUGGACGCUGAGGAGGCAAUGAUCGAUAGAUUGAAACAAGCGUGCGGCUAUGAAUUCACCAAUAAAUUGCAUCGAAUGUUCACCGAUAUGUCGGUGUCGACGGAUCUCAAUGCAAAAUUUGCCGCAAGCCUACGUGAACGUGAAGGCGAGAGUCAAUUGGGCAUUGGCUUUGUUGUUUAUGUUUUGCAAGCCGGUGCAUGGCCAUUGGGUCUCUCGCCAUCGCCGGGACCAUUUCACGUUCCACAACAACUUGAAAGAUCAAUUCAAGCAUUUGAAAGUUUUUAUCAUGCUCAAUUUAGCGGAAGAAAACUUACUUGGCUACAUCAUCUAUGUCAGGGUGAACUCAAAUUUAAUUAUCUCAAGAAAUCCUACCUCGUCACUGUUCAAACUUAUCAGAUGGCACUUUUGCUUCUUUUUGAGCAAUGCGAUUCUAUUAAUUGCAGGGAAGCUGCAGCUUCUUUGAGACUAUCACACGAUCAAUUAGUGAAGCAUGCAGCGAGUUUGGUUGAUUGUAAAAUUUUGAAAAAAUCGACGGAGGGUGAACUCGAAGAGGACACGAUACUCACGCUCAAUUUUGAUUAUUACAAUAAAAGGACGAAAUUUCGAAUCACAGGAGCAUUGCAAAGAGACGCGCCACAUGACACUGAAGCAACUCAUCGUAGUGUCGACGACGACCGAAAACUUUACCUCCAAGCAGCCAUUGUUCGAAUUAUGAAAAGUCGAAAAUUGCUCAGACACAAUCAACUCGUUCAAGAAGUUUUAGGCCAAUCGAAAGUAACGUUCGCACCGUCAAUUGGAAUGAUCAAAAAAUGCAUCGAGGCGUUAAUUGAUAAACAAUAUAUCGAGCGAACGGCAAAUAGCGCGGACGAAUACUCAUAUGUGGCGUAACGUCGCUCCUGAAUUUCGAUACUAAUUUAUUUCGCGCAAGACGUUCUUCUUGUAUAGUUAAAAAAAAAAGAAACAGAAAAGGCGAUUCUCCAAAAACAUGAAAUCAGAAUUCAUUAUACGUUGACUUUUUUUUGAGAUUGGGGCUAGGGGGGGGGUCAACGAAAUUUAUUUGCCACACAAAUUUUUUAUUGAUUAAUUUUCUUUCCCUUUUGAAUAUAUUUUGUUACUAUCUGAAUGGAAAAUUUAACACCAAAUGACAAAGAGGUGAGAGAGGAGAAUUUCUUUUUAUUAAUCUAUAAACAAUUUUCGAGUUUCGCAAAAAUUAAUACUAAAGUUCAUACGAUAUUAGAAAAUUGUAGCAAAUUAAAAGGAAUAUUAAAAAAAAAAAACGGAAAAAUUCCAAAAAAAUAUUAAUGAAAUGAAAAUUUUAUGUUUAAUGUUGCAUUUUGAAUAUAAUUAAAUUUUUCAUAAUUAAGAUUUGAAAAUUUUAUAAUAUUUAUCUGUGAAUUUCGGUUUUUUUUUUUUUUAAAUAAAACCGAGACAAUCGAAAAAUGUUUACUGAUUGUAAAAAUAUUUUUUUUUCAUUUUUGAAGAAUGGUAAUAUUUACAGAAUUAUGUAUUUUAUUGAAAAAAAUGUAUACACUGAAGGAAAGAAGGAUUUUUUUUGGAAAUUUUUGUGUGCUUUUUUUAAAAAAACAAAAAAAAAAUUAAACUUGAACGCCAAGCGUUUCGAGGAGAACGACUUCGAAUCCACGUUAUCGAUUCUAAAUCAGUUGAUUAAUAUACGAUGAUUAGUCGAUUAACAGAAAUGUAAUAUAUGCACACCGAAUAAAGAUAAAGUUACUAUUUUAA